AAAGACGGGAUCUUGCACAAGGCACUCUGCGUCUGCCUCCGCCAGGGCAGGCUGCCAUGGGGCCUCUCGGGCUGCUCGUCCUGCUCUCGGUCACAGAGCUGUCCCGAGGCCUCAACACCACGGUGCUCCGGGGCCUGGCAGGCCAGUCCCUGCGGGUGUCCUGCCCCUAUGACUCCCGGAAGCACUGGGGGCGCCGCAAGGCCUGGUGCCGCCAGCUGGACGCCGAGGGCCCGUGCGGGCGGGUGGUCAGCACCCACAGCUCGUGGCUGCUGUCCUUCCUGAAGAUGCGGAACGGGAGCACGGCCAUCACGGACGAUGCGCUGGGCGGCACGCUCACCGUCACGCUGCGGAACCUCCAGGCGCAGGACGCCGGCCUCUACCAGUGCCAGAGCCUCCGUGGGGGCGAGGCCGACACCCUCAGGAAGGUCCUCGUGGAGGUGCUGGCCGACCCCCUCGAUGGCCAGGACCGCGGUGAGCUCUGGACCCCCGAGCAGUCCCAGAGCUUUGAGGACGCCCAGGUGGAGCACAGCAUCUCCAGUUUGUAAAUAGCGGUGGCUCCAAGAAUCCUGAAUGGUCAGCCCCCUGCAUCCCCACAAUCCAGCAACAGUGAAGUUUUAGUGCUUCAGUACAAAACUGGGGUCCCCAGAUCCGCUCCUUUGAUGGGACCAGAAUCAGUCUGAUUGGCUCAUGUCCAUGUACUGGUAUUAAACAUGUUAAUAUAACCAUGGAGCACACGGGUGCCCCUCCACACGCUCACACAUCUCAUACCCCAUCACGCAGGGCAGACACUGUGCAGCGAGGGAGGUGAUGUGUUGCAAUGCACUUGGCAGGCAGGCCCGGCCUAGAACUCGGGUCUCCUGACUCCAGGCUUCCCGAGCCCCACGGAGCUGCAUCCCAGGGGUGGGGGUGGGGGUACUCGAAGCCCCGGAAGCUCCUGGUGUCUCCCCAUCCUUCUCUGAGGCCACCCCGAGGCCUCCCACAUGUUCUCCUUG